AUGACGUUCGAGAAACAAAUGGCAGAUGUGGUUGAGAAGAAACUGACUUUACCCAACAGCAUCCUGGAGAUUUUAGUCUCAGAUGAAGGGCUUCAGACUGUCAAAUGUGAGAUGGAAAGAAACAACGUGGAAGCAGUGUUGGUUAUUGAGAAAGACACCACCAUAGUGGGAUCAUCAGCAGCGCAUGCAGACAACGCGGUGAGGCUUGUGAACAAGUUGAUGGUGGAAGAGAAAGUUCAAGUGGACGAGAAAAGCAAGCAUUUUUUGAAGUCAUCUGAAUGGCUGAGGUUGUGUGACGAGAUGAACCAAACGACUGUCCGUGUCCGAAGGGACAACUGGAAAGAUACAUACGUAGCUGGGUUUUGUGAUGACGUGACCGAAGUGAUGAAGAAGUUAAAUAACUUUCUUGAGAACGAUUGUAUCAGAGAGGAACGAUUUUUGUGCCCGUCUGAUUUUAUGCGAAGGUAUCUUCUUGAGCUACGUCAAGGAGAUCUACGCACCAUAGAAAAUCAACUAAAAGAUUUUGUAGUGAGUAUUAAAAAGGGAAAAGACGACGAUGAUUUCAUCAUUUCUGGAAACAGAGAGGGUUUGAAACGUGUAGGAAAAGAGCUCGACGCUCUGAUAGAUUCCACUGAGUUUAAAACCUUUGAAGUGAAACAGCCAGGCCUUCGAAAAUACUUUGACUGUGGAAAAGGAUAUCAGCUGGUGAAAUUGGUGGGAAAAGAUCAAGAUUGUGCCAUAGAAGUCAAGAAAAAUUUAGGUUCUGAAGGAAAUGCAUCCCACAUAUUCGACGCUUCUACUUCUCCAGGUCACAGUGACGACGAUGAUGAGGAUGACCACCCUACCACUAUUGGAACUGACUCGUCUACCUUGGUAAUAGCUCAAAGGCACAGAGUGUCGUGGAGACCUGGAAACAUAGGGGCAGAGAAGGUAGUAUUGACACUGAUUUAUUCACAUUAGGAGAAUAUCUCACGAAAAUACCUUAGAGGAUCUUGUUGACAUAUGAAUCGAUUUUAGUUCUUCACUUAGUUCUCAUAUGCUGUUAGACUGUGGUUACAUUGUUUAACGUCCCUCGUAUUGAGAAUGCCACGUUUGAUAACGACAACAGUCCGCCAUAUUGAAGAAGUUAUCAAAUCAUUAACUAACUUAACUUAAUUAAAAUCAUUUUUUGGUUGUGUAUUUCAGGCUGAAGUACUUGUCAGUUCUCUAGGAGCAUGCGAUCAAGCAAUCAUUGAUGCCGGUGGUCCUCAGGCCGCAACCCCCAACGUUGGUGACAUCACUGUCUCAGGUCGUUUUUCGUCGGUCAGUCACGUGAUCCACACUCGAUGUUGUAAUUGGAACAACGGUGGAGGGGAGCCGGUAAGAAACAGUGAAAAUACAUCAAAGAGUAUUUAUUGUUUAUAUUUGAUGAGAACCUACACGAUAUCAGAUGCCCAACUGGCGGAGCCUACCCAUUGUCUUGUAGCAUUUAUAUAUAACGAAAGAAUUAUUGCAUACAGUAGAUUUUAAAUCCCUAUAUGAAGAUCCUAAUUAAAAAUUUUGAAGAAUUAGCAAGAGCAAAGAUCUUGGUGGAAGAAACAAAUUGAGCUGUGAAAUUUUCACCACUAAAAGAGAAUUUAUUGGGCCAAUUCUAAAGGUAAUUUCCGUGAGGUUAGAAUCCAAACAAGCUCGAUGCUGAUCCCAAAACGAAAUACUUCCUGUGUGAACAUCCUCCAUGGCGCCCUCUUAUUAUCCUCUGGAAAAUGGCAGUAGAAUUCAAGGUUCACGUAAUUUUGAUCCCCGGAAAACAGAUUCCAGGAUUCACUUUAAGGAGCAACCAGUCAGUAUUUUUCCUCCCAUUAUUAGUGCAUUAUCAAUCCGAAAGGUGACGGGAAGAAGGAAAAUAGGGGAUAUUGCACGACUUAACGCCAAAUUUUGACUGGAAAACUAAUAAGAAAUGUACAGAAGACAGUGUGGAGAAUUGUCAUUGAGAUCACAUAGGAAUGAAGGGAUUUACUAUAUUUCCUCUUGCCAUCAGAUUGUCCGUGUCACCAAAAUUCAACAACUUCUAUUUCAUCUUUUGUAGACGCUCAGGGCCAUCGUUCAAAAGUGUCUGCAAACAGGUGAAACGCUUAGAGCGAACUCCAUUGCAUUUCCUGUCAUUGGAACUGGAAAUCUACAAUUCCCACGUGAUACAGCCUCGAGAAUCAUGUUGGAAGAAACAGUCAAUUUCUGCCGAGCGAACCCUGGUUCUAAUUUACAGGACAUUCGAUUUGUCGUGUUUAACCAAGAUCAAGCAUUAACUGCCGCCUUCAAACAAGAGAUGGAAAAACUGCAACCUAAGCAAAUUGGCAACUCACAUUUGACAGUCGAAGUGGUAAAUGGUGAUUUGACUCAAGAGAACAGCACCGAUGCUAUCGUGAAUAUUCUGAGUAUGGACAUGAACAUGAAUAACGCCGGAGACCUAAGCAAAGCCAUAGCAAGACAGAGUGGUCCACUAGUGCAACAAGAAUGCAACCAGUUGGGAAAGCAGCCUCCUGGUACAGCGGUAAUGACCAGCGGAGGUAAUUUACAAGUACCUCAUAUUAUUCACAUAAUCCCAGGCUCCUCAGAUAAGCAGCAUCUCCAGCAAUGUUUGGAAGAAGGUCUUCGAAUUGCAGACGCCAAUAACUUUCAAGCGAUCUCAAUUCCGUGUGUUGGCACUGGAGGAUACGGCUUGACUGGAGCGGACUCAGCCCAACUGACGUUCAAAGCACUAAACGCAUUCAGUGCCCGCUGUAAAAAUAUUCAAAAAGUAAGAGUAGUUGUGCUCCAGGCCUCUAUGAUGCAGGAGUUUCUACAAGAGCAGAAACAACCGGUGAAAGAUAUUGAAGAAGACAGUAACUCAGAGAAUGCUGCACCAGGUCAAAGUGAUGAAUAUUCUGUAACAAUUUCUGUGAUUGGUAAAGACAACGUGAGCGUGGAAAAAGCCGCGGAAUCCUUGAAGAGAGGUUUUUCUGACGCUUGUACAAUGGAAAAAGUCGAAAGUGACGUCGUCAGUCAGCUUUCCGAUAAGCAGAAGGAUAUCCUAAGAAAAAAAGCUAAGGACUGUGACGUCAAACUUGAAAUUGAGGAUUGUCGUAUUGUCGUUCGUGGUGGACCAACCGAAGUAGCUGGAAUAGUCGGGGACAUCUGGAAACAGAUCAACAAGAGGACGAAAAAGAAGCAGGAGGAAGAACAAGCGAAGUUGGUUUCAAAGAACGUAGAGUGGAGCUAUGAAAUACGAGGCACAAAAGUGGCGUUUGCUCCGAAAGCAAAUACCAAGAUUGAGUUGGCCCACAGCAAAGACGAGUCCUCAGUGCAAAUUUCUUUACGCGGAGACAAGUUUGUCAUUGACUUGAAGGGAAACUCUGGACGCGGACAAACGUCUGGUGAACGAAUAACACUAAAAAGAAAGGUGAAGGGUGCUGAUGAAGGUUAGUUGCUAGGCAUUUCUUUUGACGAGGAUGUUUCGAUAGGCUUAAAGAAAGGACUUAGAGCUAUUUCAUGUCUUGUCGUUUAAGGUAAUAACAUGUUGUGGAGAUUGGGGAUAAACAGAAAAGCUGUCUUAAAAUGUCUCUCGUAAGAUUUCUUGUUGAUCUUUUUUGAGUCUUACUAGAAAAAUAUGCUUGGAUGUUGAAAUUUAACCUCAGUAGAUGGUUUUUUACUUUAACAUUCUAAUCUUUUGAUCCUUUCGGUAGGAAUUCCUCUGCCAAAGCACUGGGAACCAAUGCCCGGGCAUAACUCUACUGUACAUAAAGUACUACUGCUCCCAGGCUCCCCUGAGUAUCAGGAUGUCGAACAUAAGUUUCAAGCCACAGCCGUUGCGUAUAAAAUUCAGAAGAUUGAACGCGUACAAAAUCCUCAUCUGUAUCGGUCUUACGUGGUAAGAAAACAGAAAAUGGAUAAAGAUACGGGAGGAAAUGGUGAAAGACAGCUGUUUCAUGGGACGGAUGCUAAAAACGUCAACGAUAUCAAUGCACAAGGAUUCAACAGAAGCUUCUGUGGGGCUCAUGGUAAGUCACUGAAAUUUUAAAUAGAGGUAAACGUUUUAUCGUCUCGUCACGGUAGUGGGACUAAGGAAACAUUUCGAGUACUUAUGAGGAAUCGAACUUCAGAACUUCAGAUUUCCUCGUUCCAACGCUCUACCAUUAAGCUACAGACUCUAUGAUGAACAGGCUUUUCACGUGGUUAAUAUGUGACACGCCUUCCACAUACUGCUAGGAUCAUUAAUUUCGAAAGUUUCGUGUGUUAAAAAGGAGCAUUGAAGCAAUAUUUUCGAGCGAUCGCUCCUAACUUGUUGAAGCGUUUUUUCGGCUAAACUUAUAGUGUUUUGGCCACAAUUCUGUUCACAUAUUUGUCUGCCUGUCUUACUGAGCCACCCAGACGUUGCAUGAGCUCUGGCCGAAUCACUCUUUGGAGGCAGAAAAUGGUAAUAAAAGCUGUAAUAAUAUAAGAAGAAUACAGUUGCCUCUUUUAUAACAAAUAACUUGACUGAAUAUACUUUUUCUCCAGAUUGAGCUUUUUUUUUUUUCAGGCAUGGCCUUUGGACGUGGUGUUUAUUUCGCAAGAGACGCUCAAUACUCUGUUCAAUACGCUCUGGGUGGCGGCGAUGGAGGGCGCCACAUGUAUCUUGCCAAGGUCCUCGUUGGGCAGUAUUGUGUUGGAGAUCCUACAAUGUUUGUGCCUCCACCAAAAAACCCAUCAAAACCUGAAAUUCUUUACGAUUCUGUGGUAAAUAAUCAAUCAAGCCCCAGCAUCUUUGUUGUUUUCUUUGAUUAUCAGUGUUACCCUGAAUACCUUAUAACCUUUUGA